AUGCCAGCUAACGUCGUGGGUCGCAGCGCCAAGUCGGUGCGCGAGUACCUGGAGAAGAACUACUCGGCCGAGGCGGUGGAGACGGAGAAGGGCGCUGUGCGGCUGGCCAUCUGCGCCCUGCUGGAGGUGGUCCAGUCGGGCGGCAAGAACCUCGAGGUGGUGCUCAUGCGACGCGGCGAGCCCAUGAAGAUCAUGGACGUCUCGGAGAUUGAAGAAUACGUGGCGGCCAUCGAAAAGGAGAAGGAGGAAGAGGCAGAGAAGAAGAAACAGAAAUAAGCGAACAUUUCGUCCACCGUCCUGGGCACUCAUCCUGAAUUCGCUGUCUGUUGAUUUCAAUACAACCUGCUGAAGUGAC